CAAAUAACUAUUUUAUAUUAAAAAACAAUAAAUAUACAUUUGAAUUUUGAAAUGAGUAACAGCCACUUUUGCUGCUGCAUGCUUGCGUCCUUUGCAGCCUCUUUGCUGCUCUGCAGCCUCUUGGCAGCUCUGCAGCCUCUUGGCAGCGCUGCAGCCUCUUUGCAGCCUUUCAUUUGCAUUGGUAUUUAAUUUUCUGUUCAUGGCAGCCUCAUUUCAUCAACAUUUGAAGCUUAGCUUGCUGCACAUUUUUGCUGUCAUUUGACAGCUUCAUUUCCCUCAUAUUUGCAGCUAAAUUGCUGCCAUAUUUGCUGAAAAUUGCAGCUUCAUUUGCUGUCAAUUUUCAGCCUCAUUGCUGCCAUUUCAUGGCAGUUUCAAUUCAUUAUUUCUGCAGAUUUGAAGGCCACGUUUCUGGCAAUAAUUCCAACAUAUUUCA